CGUUUCUGGAAGAUUUCAUGAAUCAUCACAGCGAGAUGUGUACUGGUUCCCCCUGCUUUGCUCAGAAUGUGACCUUAGGCUCAGCUCUGCUCUCAGAGGACAGUUUGGCUGCCAGAUGAUUGCAACCUCAACCUCAUGCAUUUCAUGCACAUGUUGGGUUAUGAGGUUGAAGCCAUACACAGGAGUUGAACUAAGGGGGAACAGCAUUACCGAGAGUAGGAAGUUUCAAGCACUUGCUUUUGUUAUCAGGGAUCACGCGAUUCCUUCUGGCACCUUUGUGAGAACGGGAAAAGGGUACCUCCUUUGGAGAGAUGGGGCCCCACAGAUGGGCCACGAGGUAGGGGAGAAGUCCUAGAUGGACAAAAGGAGGGAGGCCACAUGCUAGGAGCAACUUGGUAAGUGGUGGCCAGGAGGGACUUCUGCUCCCCUCUGUCCCUGCUGCCAGGUGCUCAGUGCAGGGUACAACCUACAUAAUCGUACUCAUUGGGCCCAUUAUCAGGUUGUUUUCAUGAACGCUAAAGAGUCAUUAUUGUUUUUCUUUUUGCCACUUACUUUUAGCCUCCUGACCUAAGCAAUGCAGAACCUACCAGGAAACUUCCUCAGGGAGUCGUUUAUGGUGUGGUGCGAAGAUCCGAUCCAAAUCAGCAGAAGGAAAUGGUGGUGUACGGCUGGUCCACCAAUCAGCUGAAAGAAGAGAUGAACUACAUCAAGGAUGUGAGAGCCACUUUGGAAAAAGUAAGGAAGCGGAUGUAUGGAGACUAUGAUGAAAUGCGACAGAAGAUCCGACAGCUCACGCGGGAACUCUCAGUUUCCCAAGCUCAGCAGGACUACCUAGAGAAUCACAUCCAAGCCCAGUCAUCAGCUCUGGAUAGUUUUAAUGCCAUGAACUCAGCCUUGGCUUCGGACUCCAUUGGUCUGCAGGUAUUUAUCAGCUCAUUCUGUUAUAGAGCAGCCAAGCUUAGUUAUGAGUAGGCCCUGUUCCUCUGGAGAGAAGUAAGUCACAGAAUAUCCUCAGCUCAUUAUUCAGAGUCCUUUUAGCAUAGCCAUGGUAGAGACCAUGAAGGAAGUUGGAGGAAGAAUUCUCAAGCUGCGACUACACCUUUGUUUAUGUUUAUUAAAUGGGGGCUCAGGUCCUGAGUUCAGUGCUGGAGAUGUCACUUGUUCCACCAGCUUUAUGAGGAAUCCUAAGUGCCAAGCCUCAAACAGCACACUGCGGCCCCUUUUCCCUGUAGCUCAAGUAUUACAGGAAAGCCCCCAACACACACACACACACACACACACACACACAAGACAGACUUAACCCAAGGCAGUCUACACUCAUUCAUAGCAAGCAUGUCCCAAAGGCUUGCAGCAUGUGCUUUCUUAAAGUAGAAAGGAGUUUGCAUGAGAAAGAAUCUGAUGUGUUCCAAAGAAUGUCUGGUAGUAGCAGAGAGCAAAGCAGAAAGACCCGCGAUCCUCCUUUUGUGAAAAUGUGUGUCGUCAGACAGUGCGAGAGAAUGUUCUCGUGAUGAAUUUGAUUCUUGGAACUAACCUUUCACAUGCUUUCCAUUCUUGUCCUUUCCUACUGCACAUGCAAAUAAACUUGAAAAUGUUCAAAACAAAGCAUUAUGUUCCCUGGAAAUGUUUCCCUUGGCUUUUGUGUCUAAAUAUAGAAACAAUAGUUUUUGCCUCUCCUCCAACUUCAUUUGCUGUUUUAACACUCCUCUUAAAAGUUCCACAAACAAUUUCAAAUUCUUUCUGGUCCUAUAUAAAUAAUUUACGGGAUAAACAAACACAUUUUCACGUUGGGAUUCUCCAUAUCCCCUAGAAGCUCGCGUUCUCUGACAGCAGCAGAUACAGCAUUGGUAGCAACAACAAAGCUCAGCUACUGUCCAACAGUGGGCCUGGGUGGGGCCCGUGUUUGGGUUUGUCUGGGAUGCCCAUUUCAGGGGGCGCCUCUGAGCCCCACUGUUUCCUGGCUGUCUUUUGUGUGUGCCAGUUUUCCCCUGGCCUCAGGCCAAGCCCCACUUUGGGUCUGGCAAAUUCAGUAGCCUUUGUUUUCCCUUCCUCCUGCCAGCAAGGGGACUUGCCAGGGCUCCCUCUCCUUCCCUUCAGUAUCUUCUCUC